GGAAACAAAAUAACAUUAAAGAAGAAAAAUAUAAAAACAUGGGCUUACGGGUUUUAACAUUAAAUUUAAUAAAAGCUAACAAAAAUGUAUUCCAAAAUAAUCAAUGGAUUAAUGGUGCUCUCUUUAGAACGGAUAGAUUUGCAAGUACAGAGGUAAAUGCCGCUCCUUUAGCUGUAAAAACGCAAAAAAUUAGCAAAGCAAUGAAGGCAUAUUUGGAAAGAGCUCAUGAACAUGAUCAGUUCAUGAAAACGCAACAAUUGGAAUAUCAGAUUGGGAAACGUCAUUUAGCAAAUAUGAUGGGGGAAGAUGCGGAGACAUUUACUCAAGAAGAUAUUAACAACGCUAUUGAGUACUUGUUCCCUUCCGGAUUAUAUGAGAAAAAGGCAAGGCCAUCGAUGAGACCACCUGAGGAGGUAUUUCCCGCACGAAAAGCAGCGGAAUUCGAUGAAACUGGAAGGCCAUUUCAUAGUUUUUUCUACACAGAAAAGCCUAACUUCUUCAAAAUGUUAUACGACAUUGUAGAAGAGCUAAAUAAAUUAUAUGAUUUAGAAGAACGUUUGCUGCGCCGGGGACAGAAAGCAGAUCCUAAUCAAAAGAUCGAUUUGACCGGUUUUGCAUGGAUUUCAAAAGACCAAUUAGAAUUACGUUUGGUUGAGAGAUUAGCCGAUAUUGAAUAUGAUAAUUUUGUUAAUGUCAUGAAUCGUUUAAUAGCGCAUCCGUUCUCUUACAAAUGCAAAGCAUUUAUUGAUGAACAUACUAGACCGUUAAUGACUCAAAGCGCACAAGUUGAAAUACCUAAACCUCAGAUUGAUGCCGACGGACGUCAAUAUAUAACAACAUAUGAGUGUCUGCGUAAAACAGCUCGAGGGGACGUUACGGUCCGCGUUCCAGGAACGGGAAAAGUUUCAAUUAAUAGUCAGGAUAUUACGUACUUUGAAGAUAUACAACCACGCGAACAGGUUUUAUUUCCUUUAAUUUUCGCCGGUAUGUUAGGUAAAUGUGAUGUGGAGGCAAAUGUAGCGGGCGGUGGCACAUCUGGCCAGGCGGGCGCCGUACGUUGGGGCAUAGCGAUGUGUUUGCGCAGUUUCGUUGAUCAGGAAAUGUUGGAGGCAAUGCAGUUAGCUGGCUUGCUGACACGUGACUAUCGUAGACGUGAACGCAAAAAGUUUGGCCAGGAGGGUGCACGCCGCAAAUAUACAUGGAAGAAACGUUAAUUUUUAUCCACGCUAAUAAUCGAAUGUAAAAAGUGCGUUUCGCAGCUUGAAAUAAUAAUAACCGUUGUUUUUGCUUCAAUAUAUUUUCUUCUGUUUUUACCGGCAAACGUUUUAAGCAAAGAC